AUGCUUUUGAUCCCACGACAACAUGCUGGCCCCGUUGGCCGAGCAUUUGAACCUGAGCUCAAUCGCCCCUCAUAUUCCCACCAGAAGUUCGCAUCGAGUUGUCCAACCUGGCUACCAAAAGUUCUUCAAACAACCAAGCUAUCGCCAUUAGAACGGCUCCCCAACGAUGUGCAGAGGCUCAUCUUUUCGAACCUGGACUAUCAGUCUCUCAUCUUCCUCUCCAUGGUGAACCGACACUUUCACCGUACAGUAGACCCCCAACGCAUGGCAACACUACGAGACAAGUUUGAGUUGGUUAUGAGAGCAGCAAAAGACUUCCCACAACAUUGGGCCAGCGAGAAAAAGAAAGAUCAAAGACCCGGAAACUUGGAGUGCUACUGGUGCUUCCGUGUACGGAGUCCGCAACACUUUGAUGUGUUACAAGCCAACACGGCCUACUUUGACCCACAAGGCCGAUUGGUAUCGGAGCAGGAGGCGGGACCUCAAGACCGGCUCGUGCCCCUCCGCCGCUUCUGUAUCGGAUGUGGAGUAAAGGCUGGACUUCACGCACCAUCUGACUGCAUCGUGACAAGAACAGGUCAGGACCUCUGGGUUUGCCGAUGCCGGCGGAAUCUGGAUGACAAGCAUCAGCAAACGAAUGGCAUGCAUGGGUCGAAUCUAAGGGACAUUUUACGGAGAAACUGGGGCAAGAGUACAUCCAGGGUAUGGAAAACUAUCGAUAUCCAUGUUAGCACAGGCGAGCUUGAUAUUUUACUGGCGAAGCAUUAG